AUGAACGGUACACGAGUCUUCCAACGGGAACAUCUGCGAAGUAGCACGGAGCAAAUAGCAUCCGCUGUAGGUCCGCCUGGCGGGAUACCGGCGAACGCCCGGCGACUCCAGACGCUCAGGUUGCAACGCGUCGCGGCAACCGCUCCUGGUGCGGAGCCAGACACAGGCGAGCGCCGACAAUUAUUCGCCCAGUUCAUGGCUACCAGUGUGCUGUGCGGAUUUCGUUCAAGGGUGCUGCGAUCACCGGGCACCUCGGUGACGAGACACGGCAGCAGCGCCGAGCCGGCUUUCCUCCUGGCUCGCCAUGCGGCUUUUCUAGGAGCGCAGGCAGUCACAAGACGUGCGAACACUUGCGAGCGCGAUAGGGAUAGCCUGCAGCCUCUCCCCGGAAGGUAUCUGCAAGGAAGUAAACGUACUUGCGUCCGCCGGCGUUGCGGACGGGAACGAUUGCCGCCCCCGUGCCACUGUCAGUCGGCAGCUUUCGAUGACGCACAGGCGCCCGGCGGUGAGUCGUGGCGCCCGCAACGCCCGCGUCGCGAUGAACCAAAACAGCAGCAGCAGUCUGCGCAUGAGACGACUGCGCGAGAAAACAAACCCCGCGCUUCGGAACGGAUACCUCCUACGGAAUCUCCGCCUCCAGAUAAGGCGCGUCUAGACAGAGCCCAUAACAACGAGUCGUCCCGUCACGCAGGCGAUGGCAAUGAACAUGGUAUUGUGGACACCGUCCCGUAUGGCUGUCGAUCCAGCCUACCAGAACGCCGUCCAGACCGGGAAGCAGCGCCUGAUGAUGCGGCCAUUCAGGACAACACGAACGGCACCGAGGAUACCGUUGUGGAGGAUGCGUCCUCGGUGGACGCGGUUGGACAAGCGAAAUCCCACGUAUCGCCGUCUAUCCGCGAGUCGCACCGCGCCCUCAUCACUAGCCCCCAACGUGCCGCCAUGUCCCUGGUGAGCGGUUUCGCCACAGCCUUGGCUUAUGUGACAAGUCGCGUUGUCGAUCGAGCGCUGGGACCAGGCACCGCAGCGUCCGUGCAGAGCUUUCUUUCGCAUGAUCCGUCGCGGCUGCAUCCCGAGCUCGCAGACCCUAGUGCUGCGUACGAGAUCGAGUUCGAGGAUGUGUGCAAAUCAUUCGAAGCGCGGCCGGUUCUCAAGGGCCUCAACCUUCGGAUUCGUCGAGGAGAAGCUGUGGGCAUCAUGGGGCGCUCAGGGUGUGGAAAAUCCACAACACUGCGACUCAUUGCGGGCUUUGAAUUACCGGAUUCUGGGAGCGUUCGCAUCCGCGGAUGGACGCGAGACGAGCCCAUCCAAUAUGAGCUGGGACCAAUCAAAAUCGGUAUGGUGUUCCAACAUGCUGCACUCUUCGAUUCGCUCACCGUCUUUGAGAAUGUAGCGUUCGAAUUGGAACAUAACACCGACCUUGAGGACGAUGAAAUUGAAAAGGCUGUCGAUAUCAUCCUCAGUCGCCUAGGUCUGCGGGAUACCCGCGAUCUUCUACCAAACCAGCUGAGUGGCGGCAUGCGGAAACGCGUAAGCCUUGCUCGGAGCCUGGUCUCGGAUUUAGGUAAGGGUGCCAAACCUUUACCCGACGUACUGCUGUAUGAUGAACCCACUGCCGGCCUCGAUCCAAUUGCAUGUACUCGAAUCGAGAAUCUGAUUCGAGAGGUCCGCGAAACCGUUCCGACGUGUAUAGUUGUUUCGCAUCAGCUCUCAACCAUUCAGCGCACCGUUGAUCGAGUGGUGCUUCUGCACGGCGGCCGUAUUCGCUGGGACGGACCGGUGUCGGACCUGGGGCACACCGACAACCCGUUCGUUCGCCAGCUACUCUCUGGCGACGAAAACGGCCCCAUGAGUGGACCCGAAUUCGACCCGGACUCAUCGCUCUAUGUACCCGAAGACAUACAGGACGCCUGA